AUGCCCACGAAACGUCAGAAGACAGCGGGCGGAAUGGAUCCUAAAGACAAUCCUUACCUUGCUCAUUGGCACGACAAUGAAGCGAACGGGUACACAAAUGGCUCCUCGACCCCACCGAACCGCAGCGACGGACCCCUCGCCGACUUCCAGCGGCACAAGACCACCGCUGCCAUUAAGGUCGAGUCCCUCCUCGUUUCGCCCAUCUCGAAGGCUUCUGCUCAACAAAGACCUGGUUGUGCCGGUCGUACUCGGCCUAGAAAGUGUUUCCGGCUGUACACUGAAGGUGCCUUCAAAAAGGAGCUAAUCGAGCAAACUUACCCUGAGAUCCUCUGUUUCAAUCUCUCGUCUACCAUCCUGGAGCUGAAGAAACUCGGGAUUGACGACCUCGUGCACUUUGACUUGAUGGAUCCUCCUGCUCCGGAGACCUUGAUGCGAGCACUGGAGUUGAAUUAUCUCGCAUGUCUGGACGACGAUGGGAACUUGACAACCAUGGGCAGGCUCGCGUCCGAGUUCCCUCUAGAUCCGGCACUGGCAGUCAUGCUCAUCUCACCCGAAUUCUACUGUUCGAACGAGAUCUUGAGCUUGACCGCUUUGCUCUCCGUACCUCGGAUCUUUGUAAGACCUGCGCCGGUUUGA